GCUUUUCUGAGCUAAAAACUGUUUGGUAUAGUAUAUUUUCAUUUUGCCGCUGGCUUAUUUAAUUUUCCUCUCAACGAAUGUCUUAUGAAAAGAAAUAACGCGAGUGGUGGUGAUGGGAAUCACAGUGGAUUACAAAGUCUAUGACACAAAUAUUGCCAUUUUAUUUACUAUCCAAAACAACCACUGAGUCUACACCUACAGCUCCUGAGUUAACUCGGACACUGUUUAGGGGAAUGCCUGGUUUGCAGAGUAACUCUGGUGCUGUUUCUCAUGAUCGGGCCAUGGUGGAGGCUCUCGAACAGUUCUGCAACUCUUCAGAGCAGUCCUAUGAGCAGUUUCUGUCCACCUUCACGUACCUGACCACAGAGAACGUGACGAGGGGGAAUUUGGAGGUUCCUAGGGGGGAUAACAGCACCUCUGUUGGAAGGAUGAACAGAAGAAACAGGGAGGUUACAGACAGAGGGGUGGAUGUGGUGGAUGAAGGAGAAUCUCGAUCCAGAGUGGAGCAGAAUCAUCACGCACUCACUGCACAGCUGGACGAGUUGGUGCUGGAUGGCAGUGUCAUAGUAGGAAGACUUGGCCUUCUAGACGCUCUUCCUUCAGAUCCACCUGUAAAGUUUGAUAACUAUCUGGAUGACAUGGAGCCAGAAGAGGAAUCCUUGCAUGACGCCUGCCAAGACAACAGUGAUGAAGAGAUAACUGAUGUAGCAAGCCUUCCUGGAGAGGUUGAGGAGGAUUUGCCGGUCUACACACCCUCUUUCUGUCAUUACACACUGCUGGAACUCUCCUCUACUGCUCUACACAGGGCACACACUCCCCAGACCACUGCUGAGUGCCAGAGUGAAACUGAAGAAGUUCUGCCUUUCAGUCUGGAUGACACCUUCGACUAUGACAAUGUAGUGCUGUCUCACAAACAUCCCACCCAACACAGCACCAGUGGAUCCUCUUGACCCGUAAGUGACCACAGUCGAACUUAGGACAACUAAGGAAAUGGAGCAGCUGUGUAUCUGCCAAAUAAACAGCUCAUAAAAAAGCUGGAGUCAUUAUGUUAUGUACAGUGUGUGGUAGAAGAGAACACGUUGUGCUGUGUUUUUGAGCAUUCGCUGAACUGUGGUGUAUUUUUCCUCAGUGUUUUUUUUUUAAAGACUGCAACUGUUCAGCCCAUAAACAGCAAUAAUGGUGGUUUGAUAUUGUGCUGCUCUAAUCGGCGUGUAAGCGCAGGGCAUUUCCUCCAAAAAAGCCAUCUACGCAUAAAGAGGCCCGUGGCACUGCAGCCAGUUAGGGUUCAAAACCAGCAUUACUGUUUUUUGCAUGCGAGAAUCUGUGGCUUGCCGCUUUUUUGGGUAUCCCACUGAGAACACUCUUGGGAGAGCAAUUAAGUUCUUGUCGUUACAAGCUGCAUCGCACUGUGCUUUAUUCACUGGAACAAAACGCUUCAAGACUUUUUUUGUUUCCUCUUUGUGAACAUUUGAAAACCUGAAUAAAAGCCCUGUAUUUUA